GAAAAAACAACUUUUUUCUUCUUCUUUUUUUGUUGUUGAACGAACGGCAACGAAAAUCUGAACUUUAAUGAGAGAGACGAGCAUUUUGCACAGAUCCUGUGUUGUUUUUCUUUACUGAACUUUCUUACACCGCCCAUUAAGUCGAUAAAUAAAACAACGGGUCGUUCUCCACACAUUGGCUGCUAAAUAAAUAGUUUAUGUUGUUAAUCCAUAACUCAUAUUUUGGUGUCUUUAAAGGAGACAUUUUCUUAAUCAAUGUUUUAUUGUUAUCCGUAAACAUAAUUAUAUGUGGGGAGGGAGGAAAAAGCCACAUCAAAAGUGAAGAUCGUUGUUUUAUUUAUUUCUUGCUUGCUUAAUCUGUGUAUUAAGUCUAUAAUAUUCAGCUCUGCGUGUUCAUGUUCAGUGUUAUUGACUGCGUCCAUAAUUAGCAUGCAGGAACACGCUGAGAACACCGAGCCCUCAGCUCUCUCUCUCUCUCUCUCUGGCACAAACGCUGGAAGAAGUAGUCUGACUGGAGCAGCUGCACCGACUAGAUCAGCACUUCUUUAUGUUUCCCCUCCAUGUCUGAUAAUAAAUCAGCUGAAAUGACAGAUAUAAGGUCACUGUAAACAAACAAAUGAGACUAAAAGGGACUGUAUGGGAAAGCACUUCUCUACAGUACAGUAAAUCAUCUGAGUGAAAGAUUUUGAAUUACUCAUUUUGAUUGGUGCUUGGUUAGCUAAUGUAUAAAUGAGGUUAUUGUUAAAAAAAAAGGGUUCUGCUUCAUAGAAUUGAUUUAAAUUAGCCAAUAAAUGGCCUAUUUCUUAAAUAUUAAAAGAUGUAUGACUUCCAAUGAUGGUUGAUCAAAGUUUCAAGAAGUUUUCGAAUUAACCUUGUCUAGGUCGUCAUGUGUUUUGUUCCAGCAUAGCCUUUAUUUUUAUUUUUUCCACUUACAGCUAGAAAGGAUUCGGUUCGAGAAUGUUUUUGCUUUCAUUUUGCGUUUGUGUUGAACUCUAAAGUCCGCAAUUCUCUGGAAGCUAAGGAAAAACUUGUUAUUGUCAGACUGAAUUAAAACUCAGGGUCUCCAGAUCCUGUCCUUACCACUUCAUGAAGUUCUGCAGAGACCAGGCAGCAAGUAAUUCAUUUGAUUCAGGUGUGUUUGAGAAGGGGCGCAUCUAAAGGCUUCGUUUGGAUUGUCUGUGAUAGACUGACACAAAGUAGUGUGCAUAAUUGUAAAGUGGAAGGAAAGUUAUACCAUUUGCAGAUUCAAAUCAGGAAAGUAUGUUUUAUCUUGCAUUUUUCGAAUCAGGAGCCUCCACCCCUAUCUCAAAUCUUUUGCAAUUUCUAACAAGUUUUCCUCUAGGUGUGCGACCUUUAUUUAUCUCCAUCCAUUUAUCCUUCAUCGUCCCUGCUGGAGAGAAGUGUCGCCUCAGCAUAUUCCUGUAACCGCCGUGUGUUUGAGUGUCUGCAGCACCUCCUGAGUUUACGUGGGCCUUUUUGCUGCUGCUUCUAAACCGCCUUAAUUUGCCUUUUUAAAAACAAAAAUUGCUUCCCUCCCACUUUAAUUAUACAUUAAACUAUGUGUGGGUCAUAAAAUUCCAAUAAAUCUCACAGAGUUUUGAUGUUUCACCGUAUUCCCUAGACUUUUUUAUGUUCUGCUGGCAGUACAGAACAUUCAGUCAGAGAGAACUUAACCACCUUCAUUCCUCUGUGUUUUCAUAUUCAGUCUGUUCUGAUUAACUGCGUGUCAAACCAAGUUGCUCAAUAGAUGUUGCUGUUUGAUUUGCUGUGAGGAACAGUAACAUUUGCAUAAAACUGGUAAUGUAGCUUUUUCUUUAUUCUCUUAAGUGUCAGCCUGUGUUGUCACAUUUGACUGCAGUGAUCCAGGUUGUGUCCAGUUUGCUUAAUCAGGAGUGAUACAGCACAGCGUUUAGUAUUUCUCUCUUGCCUCAUUGGCCUUUGCAGGGCUUUAAGGCUAAAAUCCCUCUUUUCUGCUUCUUUACCCUUCAUUCCAUACAAAUGAGUUGUUGUCAAUCGAACCCAUGUGUUAGAAUUACUUUCAGCAGCAUCCACUUUGUCUCUCUAGGGCCAAUUUGACAAAGAUUUGUUUUCUUAAAUCUCAAAUACAUCAUUAAAGUUUACAACCUGAUAGCCUAAUACCUUCAAGAGCUGUGAAAUCACUUUGUUCAGCAAUGCAGAGCAUGUAAAAGCCAGAUCUUGAAGUGUAUUACAGGCUUUGAGUCGGUAUUAAAAAAAAACAUAGAGCAUGUUUUUUGUCUUUUUUUUGUGCUUCACAUUUUUCCUAGAAUUUUCAGAUGGUUGAGUUUAAAAAAAAUAAAAAAUUUUUAAACCCCUCUGUUAUCUUGUUUCCCCGACAAACUGCAAACAGACGUGACGACACGCCUAAAGUCCAACCAGAGGCUCCCUGCUCAACAUUUUUGAUGAUCUGCACAACAUCACCUCAGGGAUUUGGCCUCUGAAAAACACAAGCCAUGUACCAAGUGGUGCCCGGCGGCGCCGGGGGCACGAUUACAGAUGUUAUCCCCAAGCAGAAACACACCAAGGAUUCUCGACCCUUGGUUGGAGCUGGAGUUAUCGGCCUGUUUCUGGUCAUCGCAGCCGUGACUGCCUGGUGUUAUUACAUAGCCUCCCUGCGCAAAGCUGAGCUGCUGAAGACUCAGCUUCUGGAUCUCAAUAAGGACGGCUACAUUAUCCGCAACCAGGGAGGGUCCAUUGUCUUCAGAAUGGAUUUCAGAUCCGGGACUCUGGACUUGGACUCCUGCUCCAAAGAGGAAGAAAUCCUUCGUUGUGAUCGGACCACUGACAGGAAGCUUAAGUUUUUCAUAAAGACAGUGCGGCCCAAGGACACUGUGCAGUGCUAUCGUGUGCGCUGGGAAGAACUGGUCCCCAACAUUCCUGUUGAGCAUGCCAUGACUUACAAGUUCGCGCACUGGUAUGGGGGAGCAGUGUCAGCAAUUCAGCACUGGCCAAUUUCUAUUUCAGGCCAACAGGCUCCCAAGCCCUUUGUCACGAGCGACAUUUACUCAAACCGGGAAGAAUUUGGAGGAAUCUUAGAAAGUUACUGGUUGUCAUCCAACGCCACUGCCAUCAAGAUCAACAACUCUGUGCCUUUUCACCUUGGCUGGAAUGACACGGAAAAAACCAUGUACUUCCAAGCAAGGUAUCAUGAUACCCCUUUCAAGCCAAACCCCGGUGAGGCUCCUUGUGCUGAACUCAGCUACAGAGUCUGCGUAGGUUUGGAUGUGACAUCCAUACACAAGUACAUGGUUCGGAGAUACUUCAACAAACCAUACAAAGUGCCUGCCAAAGUCAUGUUUGAGCAUCCUAUUUGGUCGACUUGGGCUUUAUAUAAGCGUGACAUUGAUCAAGAAAAACUUUUGACGUACGCUGCCAACAUUCGCAAAUACAAUUUUAACUGUAGUCAUCUGGAACUCGACGACCGCUACACAAAACGUUAUGGAGAUUUCGAGUUUGACCCAGUCAAGUUCCCUAAUGCAUCUGAAAUGUUCCAAAAGUUAAAAUCAGAUGGAUUUCUGGUGUCUCUAUGGAUUCAUCCUUUCGUUAACUAUGACUCUGAAAACUUUCAUCCUCUGGUAGAGCGAGGGUUGUUUGUCCGAGAGCCAACAGGACGGCUGCCUGCGUUGGUUCAUUGGUGGAAUGGCAUUGGCGGCAUUUUGGACUUCACCAACCCAGAGGCCCGGGAAUGGUUUGCCUCCCAGCUACGUUCACUGCGCUCAAAGUAUGGGGUGUCCUCUUUUAAAUUUGAUGCAGGGGAGACAAACUACUUACCUUGGAAAUUUAGCACAAAGAAUCACAUUCGUGACCCCAGUUUUUUCACAAGGCGCUACACAGAGAUGGCUGUUCACUACAAUGAUCGAGCUGAGCUGCGCAGUGGUUACCAAUCCCAGAACAUAUCCUGCUUCUUCAGACCGACUGAUAGAGAUUCUGUCUGGGGUUAUGAGCUGGGCCUCAAAUCUCUCAUCCCCACAGUGCUCACCAUCAGCAUCCUUGGGUAUCAGUUCAUCCUGCCAGACAUGAUCGGGGGCAACGCCUACCUGAACCACACAAGCGGAGAUCGGGCAUUACCUGAUCGAGAGCUGUACAUCCGCUGGCUGGAGCUGUCUGCCUUCAUGCCUUCUAUGCAGUUUUCUAUACCUCCAUGGGAAUACGAUAAUGAGGUGGUAGAAAUUGCUCGGAAAUACACAGCCAUUCACAAAAGUCUUGUGGCACCGCGGGUCCUCGAGCUGGCAGGGGAGGUUUUGGACACCGGGGACCCGAUCAUACGGCCACUGUGGUGGAUUGCCACUGGGGAUGAGACGGCCUAUAAAAUUGAUUCCCAGUUCCUGAUUGGGGACGACCUAAUGGUAGCUCCAGUUUUAGAGCCAGGAAAGCAAGAACGAGACAUAUAUCUACCCGCUGGGCACUGGAGAAGCUACAAGGGGGAAAGAUUCGACAUCAAGGAGCCGCUGCACCUCACAGAUUAUCCGGUAGACCUGGAUGAAAUUGCCUUCUUUCUUUGGGUUUAGCAAGAAAGAAAAUGAAAGACUUGAUCAUCUUAUGCUCCUAUUUCCCUCCUUUUGUGCCUUUCAAAGAGAUUCAAACACCUUUCAUAUUUUGUCACUCUACAAGCAUAAAAGUCAACGUAUUUUCAUGAACUUUUUAUGUGUUAAUUUCCCACAGUGUUAUGUAACCUAACGUGAAGUAAAAGGAUGCAUGGUUUUAAAAAGAAUUCUGCAGCUGGAAAUGUAAUUUGGUUUUUUUCUUCUUGUUUUUCACAUCUAGAGACUGAAAUGUUUCUCCAUUGGUCUUUGCAAAAUAGCACAACUUAAUCAGAUUUGAAGUAGAGCAUCCUGGCACAGAUUCUCAUUUCCAUUUAGGUCUGGAUUGUCUAACCCAUUCCAAUGUACCUGUGUCUGUUUUGGUUUAGGGUAUCCUAAAUGACUUGAGAAACUUCCAAAAUUACAUCAUGUUUCUUUCCUUCAGCAAUGGGUUUGUUGCUGUUGCUGCCCCGUAAAGUCCAGAUUAGUAGAGGGCAUAACAAUUUUUAUAAAAAUCUUCUAGAAUUGAGUUUUUGAUCUAUGCAGCUCCUUCAUUUACAGCUCAAAAUUUCAUGACUACUUUUCAGAUUAAUGCUCCACUUGCUUGACUUUAGGAUAGUCAUGUCUUGGCAGGUUUGCAGUUUUGUGACAUUUUCUAUUUUUAGAUCACAGAUUGAACAGCCCUCUUUAGAUCCUCACUGCUACAGACAGUUUUGUAAGCCAAAUCUGCUGUAAGCUUAUCAGCAAGUUUAUUGAUAUGUUCUUUGGUCUUUAUGUUGCUGUUUGUUCCCUUAUGUUCUUCAACAAAUUGUCUUCAAAAAACACCUAGAUUUAUUCAUAAAAAUUGACACAGUGGUUUCUCAAGGCAAUUGGUGGCCCUAGAUUUUCUUAAGGAACAUCAGAGUAAAGGGGGGCUGCAUGAAAAACGUUUCAGAGUUGUAAAAUAUCUUGAAAGCCAUGCAUCUCUCGUCUACCUUUUCACAAUUACUUUGUGUUAUGCCACAAAGAUUCCAAUAAAUUUAUUGUGGUUUGUGAUUGUAAUGUGACAAAAUGUGAAACCGUUUAAGGGGUUUGGAUAGUUUGCCACUGUACAAGUAUAGCAGGUGACAUGAUGUGAAAUGUAAGAAAGUUCACCUUCCCUAAAAUAGCUGCGAACAGGAAUUUAACUUGUGAAAUUGCAGCAGAUAUAAAAAGUUUGGUCUUUAUUUGAAUUCUGUUUUUUUUUUUAAAUUGCUUAUUGUUACCAUAUUCCUUAGCAUUUGGCACUUUUUAAAAACAGAAAUCUGUUACCUUUAGCCAGUACUGGCCACUUUAUGCCAUUCUGCCUUACCAAGAGCAGCAAAAGAACUAAGCACACAUUUAAAUCGCUGUAUAAUCUCAAGCUUAUUGAAUAAGCAAUCAGAAUCCAGAUUUUAGAUAUUUAUCAUAUUUAGCGCCGCUUCAAGUCUUAUAUUGAACAUUUGGUAAAGAGGGAAUAUAUAAGCCAAGAAUUGUUUGCCAUAAAGCUGUUUUAUCAGUGCCAUUAGGCAGAUUGCAGGCUACACGAUGAUAUCCUGUUCUCCCGUGACUCUGACUGCUCUUCUCGUCGUUUGUUGAUUCUUAUCAGGAAGCCAGGUUUAACGCUUCAGUUAUCAGGACAAGAAGCUGCAGGUUUAAUCAUUACAUUGCUCUCACUGUGUAACAUGGUGCCUUGCAAGACGUUUUAGACAAGUAGAAGAUGUUUUAAAUAUUUAACGCUUUUACUCAGGUAAUGGCUUUGUUGUGUUUAAGGUGUGUAACCCCUAUUAAUGCUUUCAAACAGCUAGAAACAUUAUAAUGUAAUGUAUUUGUGGAUGGCUGUAACUGGAAUCCUAAGUGUUUAUUCAGCUUUUUAUCAAUUAAAUGAUAAAUAAUUAGAAUUUUGUAAGUCAAUAGCUUAGCUGACCUGGAUUCCCAGCCUAAAUGGUACAAUAUUUUCUUGUCAUAUUUCUUUAAUGUAAUGUUUCUGUAUGUUUUUCACUUUGUUGCUACAAGCUGCUCAUUUACCCUGUUCCUUUUUAGAUCGUGGAACAUCAGUUGUUGCAAUAUAAGCUUUUUUAAUAGGGUCUUUUGGUAACUAAAGAUGAAACAGAUAUCAGUCAUCUGAUUCAGGAUUGGAUCUUCAGACGAAUCCGUUCGUCUGACAUCUCCAAUGGAUACCCAAGAAUACCUCUUGUGUUUCCCCCACCCCAAAAUAAAAUAAGACAAAUACUGUGAACAAGUGCCAACUUCAUUUGUGCUUCACGUAUUCAGGCAUAUAUAAAAUGACACAAUUCAAGGACUCCUUAAUGACAGGAUUUUUAGCAUACUUUCUUUUUGUGUUAGUCUUUUAAAAAAUGAUUGUGAAUUCUUGAUCCUUGUUGAAGCUGAAAUAAAAUAAGACAUUGAAAUUUAAGACCAAGACCUGGCCCACUCCUCUCUAUUAAUGUGUGAAUUGACCCUUUUUGAAAUAUUGUAUAUUAAUGCUUUGUGCCUUUGACCCUUAAAGUGGUGCUAACCUGACUUGAGCCUUCAGCUUGCUGCUUCGGCACUGACCUCAGUGUGCUUUGUUUAUGUCCUUUGACAUCUUGUCAAGAAAACAUCGUAUUUAUAGCAGCUCUCACUUAGCAUCUGUGCCAGGCUCAUCUUUGACACCAUUUCUGUCUUAUGGCUAGACUGACUGGUCUGGCUAUUUUUGCUUUUGAUUCUUUGAUCUCAGUGUGUGCCUUUGAUGUUUAAAUUUUUUUUAAUAUAUGUUUGGAUGUGACUAAAAGGCUGCAUUCAUUCUAAUGCAAUUUUGUAUCAAUGUAUUAAAAGAAUUAUGAGACCAUC